CUCAGUUUGUACUCUCCGCUCAGUUUUGUGCUACCAAUUGACGAGAUUGGUGGGUACUUUGCGUGAAAUUUUUUUUCCGGAGUGUUUUGCCCAUUUGGUGGAGCAAAAGAGCACCUUUUUCGCACCGAAAAAGAACGUCCCAGAGUUCAUUGUACAUAGCACCCGAGACGCAGACGGAACCCUGAUGGUUGUUUUUUUGGGCGAUUUUUAAUCCUAAAACAUCCGUACUCGCACUAAAUGCAAUAGUUGUGAUUUUUUUCCAUUCAUUAAACGUGAUAUUUGCGCAAUUUUCUCAACAUCACCGCAAUUUUUUUUUUGAGUCUCUUCGCUCCCUUCGGUUUUUUUUCGCCCCAAACACCGUGCAACCUCCCUCCUGCCUAAAGCAUCUCUUUAUCUUCACUUUUUUUUUGCUUCAUGGUUGUAUAGCAAAGAAGAAACUCCUUUUACUUUCAAGAGUGUAUUCCAUGAGCUAAAAAAAAUAUAUAUUCUGCCUGAGAAAUGUGAAUUUAAUAUUUAAUCCAUGAAGUGAGAAAAUACAACUCAUCGCAAUAUUUUUCCUUCUCACAGUGUGUUUGAAUAAGAAGAGAAGUUUACCCGAAAAAAAAAGAGCUCAGUGUAUGUGGAAAUAAAUUUUCCAACGACGGUAAUCCACAGUGAAGAGUGGUACAAGAGUGCACUACAUUAAGAAAAAGAAAAAAAGAGCCUAUUAAAUUUAGAAAGAACACAAAAGUCAUGCAAUUCAUGGAGGUUUUAAUGUGGAUGGCGGUGUUGUUGAAAUGCUGAGAGAUUUUCUCAAUGAUUAUGUGUUAAAAAUAAUAUUUUGUAAAUGAAGUGUGGUCAUGCUGAGAAUACGUGAAGUUCAUCUGAAAAUUUGGAAUUUGUGUUUUUGAUAGUUUUUGGGCACACACAAAAAAAUUUUCUACGUCAACUCCGGAGAAGUUUUCCACAAAAGAGCGAUUUAAACAACCAGUAAAAAAAUAGAGGAAUUUUGAAUAUUUUACAACGUGUGCAAUGGCUCAGGCUGAAUCGAGACAGAUACUUCGAACGGACGGGGGGAUAGAUGAUGUGGAGAAAUCGCUGGAACUGCUCGAUAAGGUGUUAUCGGAGUUUGAAGAGCCAGAAUCUCUGCCUCCACCAGUUGAGCCUGAGAGCCCUUCGCAGGGCCAUCAAUCUGAAGACGAUGGCUACAUGAGUAUGAAUGGGCGACGGGCAAAAUUCUCCCCUGGCUUUCAAGCGACAGAUGAAGGGCUUCCACAUGGUACGAGCACAACUGAUGAGAGACCACCACCACCUGAGGAAGCCGAACGAAUCAUCUCGAAUAUUUUACCCAGAAUUUCACCAACAACUAGUCCACUUUCGAGUUCGACCAAGGAGCAACUUGAUGGUAUCUUUGCACGAAUGCGAAAAAUUGAAAAGACGCCAACGGACACGGAAAUUGGUGAAAAGGCAACAACAAGAAUUGAAAGCGGAAAUCAUGCGCAGCAGACUACAUUGCCAAAAGCACGUCCUGUGACCGUUGCGGCGAGUCGCUAUGGGAGUUUACCGAAUUCUAGUCCACCCCGUGAAUUGGGGGUGAAUCGCGUGAAGGACCAAACUGUAGAGGCUUCAGCAGACUUAGGUGGGGGUGGGAAGACAAUUUUGGGUAUGGGAAUAAGUGCGGUGCACGAUGCCGUCUUACGUGGGGUUGGUGUGGGAAAAAUUCCAGAGCCAAUUGUGAAUGAGCAUCCUGUUACGAUUUAUCCGGGACGUGCUUCUUCACCGCGCCGGGGAUCACGCAAUACAUCAUCGUCAAUGGAGCGACAUCGUGACAUUUGCAAGAAUUCAUCCCAUUUGCUGUACGAUCAACAGGAUUCAGCGACAUCGGCAUCGUCGGCAUCAUCGGAUGAGAGCAAUCAUCUCAAUCCACCCCCCUUAGCUAUUUUAAGCAAUUCUCCGUCCGCCCAGCAAUUGCUGCAGCAGCAGGAGCUCCUCUCCAAAUCACCACCAUCUUCGAUAAUAAUGCAGAAGAAUAUUCACAAUUUGAAUCGCAUUAAAGUACGACAUGGCCAUAAUAAGAAUAAUUCCAUCAAUUUCGACGGAACACCCGGUACGGGGAUUCGUCCAAAUGACAGUGAUGAUUUCUCCGAUGAUUCCCUCGAGGAAACAUCCCUGCCACCGCCGCCGCCACCCCCAGUGGUACCGCCACCGCCUACACUGUCGGCACCAGUGACGCCUAGCAAGAGGGGCAGCAUUGCAUGGGAGAUUAAUUUGGAUGACUCCGUCAGUGGGACGGAUGAACCCCCGAAGGCGGCACAGUCGCACGAGUCCAUCAAUGCAAAGCAACUUUCUGGACGUCGUCCAAAACGAAGUACUUCGGGUUCACAAUCUAGUCUGGCAUCAACUCCUGGUCAUAGUGGUACGAGCAAUAAACGAACUGGAUCAGCCGAAUGGCCAGAUCCACCUGAGGCACCAAUUUGCAGUACAGAAGAUGAAGCAGCGUCUAUUUAUUCGGAUUCUGAUGAAGUCAUUCCAUAUCCCACGAGCUUCCUGGGGCAGGGAACAUAUGUUAUCCGGAAGGGUAGAAAGCAGCGUCAACGGGUGGCGAAUAUUGAGGGGGUGUCAUCAGUUAACAGCAGCCGAUAUGGGCGAGAGAGUGGUGGGAAUAUUGAGUUACCGAGCCCCGUCUAUCCUGCCUCAAUGCUCAUUCCCAAUUCGAGGCAUAGCAUAGAUUUGGGAUCACCACCUCCGCCACCUCCGCCCAUCAUGAAUUCACUUUGUUCACCAAGAUCACGUUUAUCAUUAGACUUAAGUUCACCUACCUCAGAGCUUCCUGCAUCAGCAUCAGUCACAAAUAGCACCACUGUAAUCUCACCAAGAUAUUCUGAAUUCAAAACGUACAGUUCCACAUUUGAUGGGCUCCAAGCACUUGAUACAAGCAAUACCGGACAGGCAGCUACAACGGGCUAUAGCAAUGGAUACUCACUAACUCGUGUGGCAUCGUUACCAGCAAUUACACCACCGCAUUCGGGUGGAGAAAAUCUGUCAACCCCACGCCGAGAGCUCGCACCACCCAUCGAAGAAGAUGAGGAGCAGGACAGUGAAUCCCAACGUGGGGCCCCAUUGCGGCAAAUUGAGAACAACAUCAGUGCAUUGCUGCGUGGUGAUAUCCCCGUGGCUCGUGUUGCGGACAUCCCAAUGAUCCGACGACCGUUGGGCUUCCGUCCGGGUGUCCACAAGUCGGAGAGUGCCAAAGAGAUGCUACUGUCGCAGUCGGUGUUUGGGCCACUGCCACCGUCACCGCCGAGCUCUAGUCCCGAAAUGGAGAGUGAUGGAUUCCCGCCACUUCCGCCAUCGCCGCGACAUGAGGCCAAAGAUGAGUACCUUGACAUGAAGCGAACACCACGGCUGCCGCCAAAGCGCACCGAUAGCUACUACCAGGAGAAUGAGGAGGAUCAACCGCCGGCGGUGCCGCCGCAUCGUGGCCCAUCGCUCAAUACACUGAAAACACGAUCAAUGGAUGCGGGUUUCAGCAAAUCCUACCGCAAUGGUACUUUCUCAUCCACCUCGCCCCAUGGCCCCGGCACAUUGCCGUCAGAAUUGGCGGGCGUGGGUGGGUGUGGCGGCGGGGGUGGUAGCGGAAUUGGCUCCAGACGACGCUUUAUGUCGGGUGCAUUCCCCAAAAGGUCCGGACAGAGUCCGCGCGAGGAGCGACGCCUUCAGACAUCGUGUAGCUUGCCAGAGACACCCAUUUUUGCAAGAGGGUGCGAUAUUCCCCGGACGCCACAUCGUCGUGCACCAGAUUUACCAAAUUCAGGAACAGGAAGUCGAACGGCACCACGUUCGGGGAACAAUUCAACUCAUUCUACAUCAAUGGGUACCUCCAUUGUGGGAAUUGGAAAUCCGGUGGGAAGUCGCCAGAGGAAUAUAAAUCACCUGCUUGCGAGUGGUGAGAUGCUACGCCUAGCUGGUGGCCCAGCACGCGGAUGGUAUCCGAAGCAGAGACACCGCCCGGCAUCCACGGAGAAUCUCGAUCGGCUGCACCAUCAGGCACAGGGGAUCCGAGCAUGGGAUGCUGGUACGAGUAGCCGCAAACCGCUCACUCUGCCGCCAAACCUCACACCCAAAUUUUUCAACAAGUCGCCACGUGAGGCAUUGCGACGUGUCACUAGUUUACUCAUUCGCAAAGGCAACAGUUCCAAAGAAGCAAAACGUGAUAGCCAACGAGAGAGGGAUUUGCACAUGACACAGUCACACUACAAUCCUUCUGGUGCAUUAGCAGAAGAACCUCAGAAAAAUCCAACGACGCAGAAAAAGAAAGGAUUCUUCAAGAGCUUCUGGAAGAAAUCAAAGCACUACUCACUGGAACAAUAAUUGCCCCAUUUUGUGCGGCGCCCCUUUUGGCGACGGAAGCACGCACAGAAGAGCCCUAAAAUGAACGAGUGGAGGGGGUGGGUAAGGCUAAAGAAAAGAUGAAAAGGGGUUAAAAAAAAAACUCAAGUGAACGGGAUGUGUGCACACAAAAAGGAUGAAAAGGAUGGAAAUGUAAUUUUUAGAAUUUACACAUUUAGUAAGGACUUUUCACCAUAUUUUUCCCCGAUAUAUAGUCAUGUGCAAGUAUAUAAAUGAAAGAAUAAAAGCUCUCUCUUUCUCUCUCUCUCUCUUGUACACCUCCCCACGGAGGGGAGGAACGUGAGAGAGGAAAAUUGGAGAAGAAGAGUUGAAUAUUAUAAAGAUGUGGGGGUGUGAUUACCACAUUCGUGCAAUUUAAGCAAAAAAAAUAGAUUUCUUUUAAAGUUUUUUUUCUCCCUAAUUUUCACAACCAUCUGUGCCAUCUUUGUGUUUUCUUUUUGAUUUAUUAUCCACACAAAAACCCAUAGAAAGAGAUUAUUUUAUUCAAUUUUUUCUUUAAUUUUUAUCUCUUCUCUUGGAUUUCGUUAUCCUUCUGUUCCGUUAAAACUUUUAAGAAAUAAUUUUUGAAUAAGGAAGGAUAAAAUAAAACUUUCUACAAACUGCCAUUAAUUAGGAAAUCGAAUGGAAAAUGCAAUUUUCACAUUUAAAUUUACCAAAAAUAAAAGAAAACGGAAAUGAUUUAAAUGAAUAAAAACCCCUCUGAUGAAAAUUAAUCUAAAAAAAAAUAAAUAAAAUAAAACUCCUUUCCUAUUAGGAAAUGUGGAUCCUGAAAGAAUUUUUGCGCAAAUGUGCUGAUAAAAUAAAAUUAAAAAAAAACAAAAAUAAAUAUAAAUUUUGUAAUGGCCUAGAAAAUUAAAAUUUAUAUAAUAAAAAUAAGGGAGAAGUAGGUAAGUUAAAAGAAAAGAAAAGUGAAGAAAACACGUAACAUUUCCAUGAAAAUUCAUUAUAUAAACAGCUAAAAGUAAAAAUUGAUAAAAAAAAGAUUGAAUUAACCUGUACAUAUUACAUUUAUAGACUUAUCAUGAAAUUGUUAGAAGAUGAACUCCAAUUUUUUCUAUUGCGCAAAUUUCCCUUAAAAAAAAAAACAAUUGAUAAAUAGAAAAACUUUUCAAUUUUCAAUAAAAAAAAAAUAUUAACAUUUUCAAGAAGAAAAAAAGUAGAACAACUUUCAUAUAGAAAAAAAGAAAAUCACAGAAUUAAAGACGAAAUCAUUGAUAGGCAUACAAUAAAAUAUUUUUAUAGAAUAAUGUUAGAUACAGCAGAGAGCAAGGAAAGAACUUUGAAAUAUUUCAUGAAGAAAAACGAUACAAAGAAAUAGCUAAAAACGCA